UCACAAUACUGAAGUCACGGGUCUGAGAGCGCACGAUCAGAGAUGAGAGUCACGUGAGGCUCUAAACUCAACAUUAUGGCUUCUGAACACAACAAAAAAAAUUUCGACUUGUUAUGAAAUUAUUCUGCUUCGAUGGUAUUAGCAAUAGAGUUAAGCAUCCCGGAAGAAUGGGUAUCGGCGUCGUGUUAGCAGCUGUUUCACAGCCCAGUUGCUGACAAGCAACAAACAGUACAGAGGUUCACCAAGGAGUCUGCAAGGGCCACAGUCUGGUUAACUUAUAGAGACAAUGGAGUGGCUUGCACAGGCUUUGGAGAGAGACCUGGGCAUUGACCAGCGACAGACUGGACCAAGUCAGCGUCCCAAUGAACUGGUUGUCCUGGUCCCAACUCGAUGGUUAAUGGCCCUGAGAAACAAAAGAGUUACUCGCUGUGCCAGGUAUGAGUGUCUUGUGGAAGGGGAAAUUUGCACUCUUCUCCAGCGCUCUCAGAUGAAAUUGCCAUCUGGAUGGACACGUGUUUGUAUCCAAGGCCUUAGGAAGCGUAAACUGGGAUACCGAUUAGCCAGGGAGACUGGCUGCUAUGGAGAGGGGCUCUCCCCGGACUGUUUUAUUACUCUGAUGCAAGGAGUAUCUCAGUCCAAUUUCAGAAAUCUUUGGCGUGAAGCUUACAUGAAUCACGUGCAGCCGUAUGCAGAUUCCAUUGAGCAGACAAAUGUAUUAGCUAUAGAUGCUGUUCGCCAAGGCUUGCAGAAGCUGUUUUGCUCCAGCUUUAUCUCUACCGAAAGGAUUUCACCAUCCCUAUCUCCAGCCAAAGAGAAGGAGAAGGAGAGUCCAUUACCAUCUAGCUGCUCAGCUCCCAAACAAAAUACUGAAAGUUUGUGUCCAAAUGUGCUCCCUGCAGAAUGCUUGCUUGAGUCAGAGGAGGUUCUAUAUGUGGUUCUUCCAUACACACAGUACACAGUUCAUGACAUUGUCACCUACAGUCCAGCUAAGCUGGCUAACAGCAAUGCUAAGAUACUGUUCAUUUUAUAUCAACUUCUCAUAGCCAUGCGUGACUGUCAUGCCUCAGGGCUGUUGUGUGGGGAUCUGUCCUUACUUGACAUUGCAGUUGAUGAGCAACUUUGCAGUCGCCUUAAAAUCUCAUUGACACAUUAUGAAAAGUUCGGAGAGUACAGGAGUGCUGUGCCAUGUGAAUUGGGAAGUCAGGUCCUGACAAGUGUAGCGAACGACAAUCAUAACAGUAGUGUUGGUGAAAAUCUCUGCCAAAAUUGUCUGCACGAGCUCAAAUCUCUCGUGCUAGACUGGGUCCAUGGCAGAGUCAGCAACUUUCACUAUUUGAUGGAAUUAAAUCGACUGGCUGGAAGACGUGAGGGAGACCCAAAUUAUCAUCCAGUAUUACCUUGGGUGGUUGAUUUCACUGUGCCAUAUGGAAGGUUUCGUGAUCUCAGAAGGUCGAAAUUUCGUCUGAAUAAGGGUGACAAACAACUGGACUUCACUUAUGAAAUGACCAAAGAGGCCCUAGCAGCUCAUGGCAGUGGUGGAAUCAAUUUUGUAUCAGAUAUUGGUGGCCCUGUUGGACCUGGUGGGUCAGGACAGUCGGAUCAUCUUCAUGUUCCGCAUCAUAUCUCAGAUGUGCUUUCAGAUAUCACCUAUUAUGUCUACAAAGCUAGACGGACACCAAAAUCUAUACUGUGCAGCCAUGUUCGUUCCCAGUGGGAGCCAAAUGAAUAUCCAGCUAGUAUGGAACGUAUUCAGAGUUGGACCCCAGAUGAAUGCAUCCCAGAAUUUUUCACUGAUCCUUCUAUAUUUUGUUCCAUCCACCCAGACAUGCCUGACCUUGAUGUACCUUCAUGGUGUAACUCUUAUGAGGAGUUUAUUACUGUGCAUAGACAAUUGUUAGAGAGUCGCGAAGUGUCUCAGCAGUUGCACCACUGGAUUGACCUAACGUUUGGCUACAAGCUAUUAGGUAAAGAAGCUGUCAAAGCUAAGAAUGUCUGCUUGCACUUGGUUGAUAACCACACACAUCUCACCAGCUAUGGAGUCGUGCAACUUUUCGACCAUCCUCACCCCCCUCGUCUUGCACUUUACCAGUAUUCACCUCCAGAACCUCCUCACUUUGGUCCUGUCAGUGCAACAACAUGGCAGAUUCCACCUCUUGAGACUAUGGUGGAUGGUGUGGAUGGAUUGGUCCCUGAAGCAACAGGAUGUGAAUCCAGUGGCUGGUCAGUUGUAGGCCGGGAUGAAGAACUUGAGCAAGCAAUGGAAGCCCUUGAUCUAAGUGGCUCAACGUCAUCAUCUGCUUCUAUUCCAAUUCCCUGGGUUGGUUCCGCUGGUGGAAAGACUGGUGUGGACAAUGUUUCUCCCUCUCAUGGUUCUUACCCUGGUGAAACAGCAGGAAAUGUCAUAAAUUCCUUGGGAUCAGGCAUUAGAGCAUCCAUGCUUCAGAGAGCAGCGUCUGUAAGUAAAAAGCCAGAGGCAUCUAAUUUGGAAGAUUUCAAGAUAAGCCUUCCAGAUGGAUUCAAACCAUUGCAGCCUUUGGAGGAGUUGGAAAAGCUAAACAACUUUCUGGUAAAGGGGCUAAAUUCUCAAGUCCAACAAACAGUGGACUUAAGACCUGUACCGAAAACUAUUUUGUCAUACACAGACCUUUUCCAGAGGGAUAUGCAAGCCUUGGGUGUACUCAUCUCUGAGAUUUUUUAUUCUUCUAAACUUCGAGGGUUGAGGCCAGGCACAAGUUUGAGCAAUCGUUUUCAAGCAGUGUCAAAGCUAUGUUCUACAAACUUUCGUGAUGUUCCCCUACCACUCCAACAUGCGCUAGAAACACUUUUGCAAGUUCACAAGGAUCUUCAGAGACAUUCACAUUACACCCAGAAGCACUGCCUUCUUUUUAAAUAUGACCCUAUAUAUGAAGGUCUUCCACCACCAAACCCAUGGCAACUGCUUAGUCCCAUUCUUUCCCCACUGCCUUUUCCAGCAUAUUUCCCAUCUCUGCAUAGAUUCAUAUUUUCCUACCAUUCCAAGAUGGAAUCUGUAAACAGUGUUCAGGGUCGUGACGUUGUGUUCAACUUAUGGCAACAGCUUGAGACACUUCUAAAGGGUGAAAUCACUGCAGAGGGACUUGAGAUCCUUUUACCCUUUGUGCUUUCCUUGAUGUUAGAGGAGUCCACUGCAGUAUAUGCUACCUGGUACUUAUUUGAGCCCGUGUCAAGGGUUCUUGGGCCUCGCAAUGCUGCCAAAUAUUUACUAAAGCCUCUGGUAGGGGUAUAUGAGAAUCCCCGAUGCCUCAGAGGCCGCUUCUACCUCUACACAGAUUGCUUUGUGCUACAGCUUAUUAUUAGACUGGGUCUACAGGCCUUUCUUUCCAGCCUUCUUCCACAUGUUCUGCAGGUCAUCACAGGCUUUGAAAGCUGCAGCACAGGUACAGGGUCUGAAUGGCAGGGCCUGAAGGUUUUAAGGGGAGCUGCUGGUGCCUUAGAUGAGGAAGAGGAAGACUUUGAGUGUGAUGAUGGCAGGUCGACCACAGCUACAUCAUCUGGCAAAGUUGGAGGAGGCAGUGGAGGUGGUAGUGCUGGGGUUGGUGUUGUUGGAGACCAAGGACUUGUGGAUUACUCUUCCGGAAUCAGUCUUAAUGACCAGGUUUUUCUAAACGAAGGUGAGGACUUUCAAAAUGGCUUUUAUGUGAAUAAUAGUGCCUCUGGAGCCACAACAGGAGUUGCUUCUAAACAGCAGGGCCAAAGCUCAGCAAACAAAGACCCAGACCAAGAAUCUAUCAGUGUAGGCAAACUGAGUGACAAAAGCAGUGCCAGUGAGGUAUCCACUGGAGACCGAGCAAGUUUAAGGUCUGCCGACAGCAGUCAGGAUCUGAAACAAGCCAGUGAUGGAGAGGAUGGUGGAGAGCUGGAGGAUGAGGAGGAGACAGUGGACGACAGAGAAAUAACAGUACAAAGGGUUCCCAAUCUAGAAAUGACACUUUCAGUCUGCACAGAGGAGUCCGAGGCAACCGUGGCUACUAUGGAAGGAGAUGUCAUGAAUGGAAUGGUGCAUGGAGAUACUGAGAAGAACAUGGAAGAUGAGAAUGAACAUGAUCCAUUAGAGGACUCUGAGGAGAAAGAACACAAGAUAUUGUUAGACACUGUUUGCAAAACUAUCCGAUGGCUGGCUGCAAAACUGGGGCCAACACUGACAUCUCGAUACAUUGCUAGAAACCUGCUCAGACUCCUUACUACAUGUUUUAUAGGACCCGACAAACACCAGUUUGUGCUUUCUGUGAAUGAAGAGAAUAGCCUUGAGAGUGCCGGAAGUGUGUAUGAGAAGAAGCCAGUUGUUGGCGACCAGACUGCACGACCUGUACUUGAGUCUCUUAUAUACAUAGCACAUCUUUAUGGAGAACCUGUUCUGACCUACCAAUAUCUACCAUACAUUGGUUACCUGGUCUCUCCACCAUCAUCUUGUCGCUUGAACACUCGAAAGGAGGCGGGGCUUUUGGGUGCCGUAGUGCUUACUCAGAAGAUUAUAGUGUUUCUGUCAGACACCACUUUAAUGGACAUGCUGAUGAAGAUUAACCGGGAUGUUUUGCUGCCUCUGCUGGAUUUAUUAACUUCAACCAAGAUGGGAUUUCCAAGUGGAGUGCAGACUCGUUCUGCUGUGUGUUUAAAGACUUUAGGUCUUAUGGCACUGAUCUGCCUGCGUAUUGGCCGGGAGAUGGUACAGCAGCACAUGGCAGAGACCCUUUGCAGGUUCUUCCAGGUUUUCUCCUUGCUGCACAGUCUACAGAGUCAGAUGGCAAGUGCUCCACGUAAGGAGGUUGGAGACUGCACAUACCUGAAUGUGUGCUUUCCAGACGGAACAGAAGUUACUUGUGAGCUCGGAGUAUUGGAAGAACUGCAAGCUGUGUUCAAUCCUGAAAUGGCUUAUGCAUCAUACAUUCCAUUCUACUGUCUCAUUGGUGAUGCAGCGAUUCGCAAACUGGUCCCCAACCACGAAUUGGUUUGGAGCCUGGCUCAAUCAUAUCACGAAAGAGCAAGUCCAGGUAGCCCAGAAGCGAACCAGGCUGGAGGUCAGAAAGCAUCUACUGUGGGAUUGUCUCCUAGUGCGGGCCGCCCAAUGGGUCGCAGUCCAUUCCCUGCUCCUUCCUCCACAUCCACACCACUAGGUGGAGACAUUUUGCCAGAGUCUGGCACCUUUGGAAGCCAUCUGGUGGGAAACCGUAUCCAGGUACCUCGGGACACUGAAGCAUGUGGAAGUCCUAACCUGUCCUCCUUAGAAACAUGGGGACGGCCUUACGUCAGUCACGCUCCUCAGACGAAUCUGGCUACCACUGCACUUUCCUCAACUGGACCUUCUUUCUCUCUUUCCUCCUCUUGGGUCCUAGGUCCCACCCCAGAGGACAGCGCACUUAAACAAGACCUUCCACGCAGUAGCCGCUCUCUACAGGGUAACUGGCUUGCGUACUGGCAGUAUGAAAUCGGUCUUAACCAACAGGACUCGCAUUUCCACUUUCACCAGAUCCGUCUUCAGAGUUUCCUGGGCCACUCGGGCACAGCUAAAUGUCUGGCACCACUAGCAGGGGAAGACUACUUCCUUUCUGGGAGUAAAGACAAAACGGUGAAGCUGUGGCCGCUUUAUAACAACGGCGAUGGAACACGAGAGGUCGAAGCUCGGCUUACGUACACGGAUCAUCGCAAAUCCGUGCUUUACGUUGGCCAGCUGGAAGCCUUACAGGAAGUGGUGAGCUGUGAUGGUACUGUGCAUCUCUGGGAUCAAUUCACAGGUAAGAACAUACGUUGCUAUGAAUCUCUGGAUGGGAAAAACCCGAUCACAGCUGUCACGACUAUGCCCGCUCCUCACUGCAGUGUAGUGUUUGCUAGCGCCGACUCUGUGCUCCGUUUCAUAGAUCCACGCAAACCUGGCCUGCAGCAUGAGUUUCGUCUAGCCUGCAGUAACGUGAGUGCAGGGCUCAUCCGCUGCCUGGCCGUCAGCCCUGGGGGACGCACCAUUGCUGCAGGUUUCUCUACCGGAUUCAUAGUACUGCUGGAUGCAAGGACAGGCCUUGUGCUGAGAGGCUGGCAUGCUCAUGAGGGCGAUAUACUGCAAAUGAAAGCAGCAGAGGGAAAUUUACUGAUAAGUUCCUCUUCUGAUCACACAUUGACCGUUUGGAAAGAUGUGGAGCAGAAGCCACUGCACCUGUACAGAACCCCGUCCGACCCCAUCCAUGCGUUUGGUCUUUAUGGUUCUGAAAUUGUGGCUGGCACUGUUGCCAACAAGAUUGGGGUAUACUCUAUUCUGGACAACACGGCCAGCCUGGCAGGAUCCACUAAGCUGAGCACAGAGAACUUUCGUGGUACACUCACAUGUCUGUCUGUACUGCCCACCAAGAGGCUUUUGCUGCUCGGCUCAGAUAACGGUGCCAUCAGGCUGCUGGCUUAAACAAACUUUUAAGACACUGGUAUUGUGUUGAUUUUUCAGAGGAAUAAUUCUCCCUGUGCCACCAUUGGCUCCUUACCCAGAAUGAAACAAUCUUGCCAACCAUGCACAAUGAAACCUGUUUCAGUCAAAGAGAGAGCAAGAGUGAUAUUUCCAUUUUAACUUUGCUAAAAGAGUACUUAAAACCUCACUUUUGUAAGUGACUUAAACUGAAUAUUGCCUAUAAUUCAUACAAUCAAUCAAUUAUUAUUUUUACAAUUUUUAGGGUUUAUGCAUAACCACACUAGCUGCUGUAUGUAAUAAUCAACUGUAAAUAGACUAACAAAUGAGUUGCUCAGGAUCUAAGUGUGAGUCUAUAGUGUAGUGUUUACACUUCCCAUAUUGAGUGAAAUUUACAAAAAACAUCAACACUGUGAGAAUCACAGGUCAUACCAUGUUAAUAUGAUUCGUCAUAUAUGAUUCAAUUCAUCAGUGCUCAGCAACUAUGCAGUGUUCAUGGUAGACAUUUGUAGUGCUCCAUGUUUGGCACCUUUUUCUAUACAAUGCAGUAAAUUUCUACAUCCACAUCCAUGUGUUAUUAAGCAUAGACAGUUUUGAUCAAAAUGUUACCCUGGCCAAGUCCAAUAUGACUUGCUGUACACGGAGUCUGAACUUUAGAUAUGCAAUGGGGACAGUCCAGAAUCCUGUCGGGACCCUCUGACUUCAAAAUGUAUCUACUACUAGAAUAUAUACAGUAUAUAUUUGAAGCUGUAUUAACCUUGAAUAAUGUAGUAAUUCACCACUGUUUGUCUGUCCCUUGUCAAAUGACUUGUUACAUUUUACACACCAAUAUGUUUGUAUAUACAGCACAACACAACAUUAUAUAUGUGUAUAUAUUUAUAUAUCUUUCUUGAGCCUAAUGCUUGUCUAUAACUUAUAUACUUUUAUGCAGCAUUUACUAGAUCAGCUACAGUUGACAUGACCUAGUAAUUAACCAGUUUAAUUUAUUAAAGUUUUCAGACAUUCCAGUUAUAUAAUGUUAGAAUAUAUUGAAAGACUUAUUGGCCACUGCAACACAUUUAUUUAUUUUUCAUUUAAUUCACUACUAAGCUGUCUGUAACCAAGUAAUGGGCAGGCUUGGCUCUUAAUUUGAGUACUCAUAUCAUUACUGUUAAAUUAUUAGUGAUCAGUGAAAACAGAAACCUACAAAUAUUCUGUAAAGUAUCCCUUCACAUUUUGUACCAUUUUUCAAAAUCCAUUUAGUUAAAUUUUACUUGGUGUUUCACAAUUUUGAUAUCCAACAAUAUAUUAUCUGAAAAUAUAUUUUUUGUUAUUGAAAGAUCAUUUAAUAUUGACAGACAUUUGUCUUUGGAACACACAACACAUUAUCUGUAAUAACAUUGGCCAUUGCUUUUUUUGUAUUUCAAUGCAAACAUUUUUUCUUUUUUACUUUUAAAGUGACUUUUCUAUAUACUCACUAAAAUGAACAUUUUCAGUGACUUAAAGAUAUGUGAUCAGAAAUGCUUCUUACUUUUUACACAAUGACAUUUUAAACUAACUAUGAAAGACUAGUUGAUUGGCUGUAUUUGUUGAUGAAAGGUUUAAAUGUUUGUGUUUAGAACCAGGGCACCAUGUUACUCUAAAAGGCCAAAGUCCAUGUGAGUGUUUGCAAUGUAAUGCCUUUCAACAGCUCUCAAUUUUGAAAUUUUGGCAGAUGCCUCCGGACAACCCAAGGCAAUGGUGAAACCAUCACUAGUUUAAGUUUCUGGCAUGUAUGAUCAGCAAUAAAAGUCUAUUUAAUAAAAUCGUAUAAUGACAGUAUUGGCAAUAUUAGGUUGUCAUCUCCUUCUCAUUAAUUCUUGCUUAUCUCAUUUUUUUU